AAAAGUGUAGGCGAAUAAAAAGCUCCAAUAGUCGAUUAUCCUCAGAUUAAGGAGUUACAUACGUACGUAUCUUGACACGAAAUCUUUUAGUACUUGUGAUUGGAGGACUAAUCACGAGUUUGCGGCAGUGAUGAAACGAAGAGGAGAGGAACAUUAUCGUCGGUGGGCCAUUGUCGUCAGACAGUUGUAUAUUAGUACUUGGAUGACGGGUCGAGUAAAAAGAUCAAGUUGAGUGUGCUCGAGUAGAUACCAAAAUAAUUUAUUUCGCGAUUUUUCUAAUAUCAAUGAUAGGUUAUUAAACAUUGACGUACUAAAAUAAAUGAACAUUUUAAACAUGACAGUUAUGAAGAAUUCCCAAUUUUGUUUAAUAAAAUAUAAAUUGAUAAAACAAUUGGAAAAUGCUCCAAAUACACAUAUAAAAACGUACGAUUAGAAUUGGGUAUAAAUCUUUCGAGAUAACGAAGAGAUAGAGAGGUAGAGGUAGUAAGACAGUGAGUAAAGACAAUUUUAUACGAGUCGUCUUGUGCUUCAGAUCAGCUCUAGCUAACGUUUUAAUUUAAUGUUUCGUUCAUUUUUGUGUAAAAUUAAUUAAUCAUGGAAAUGGAAAUGCUUGGAAAUAAUUCCGAGUUAAAAGAAAAAGCUGCUGUUAUUGAGCCUAUGCUCAAAACUCCAAAACAUAUCAAAGAAGGGAAAAAACAUUUUCAAUAUUUUUAUACUCUUGUUGCGGGCUUAAUGGCAAUGCAGAGUGGAAUGAAAUUAUCAUGGACAUCACCAAGUGGUCCGUAUCUGACGUCUGAUCAAUCCUUUAUUCCAGGAAUGACAGAAAAUCACAUGUCUUGGGUUUGUUCCCUCAUGGCACUUGGUGCAAUUUUGGGAGCAGUUCCAGCUGGAAAAGUAGCUGAUAAAAUGGGUAGAAAAAGGACAAUGAUUAUUUCAGCUAUUCCAUUUUUCAUUUCAUGGCUGAUGAUAAUCUUUACACGUGAUUUGAUAAGUUUAUAUAUCGCAAGGUUCAUUGGUGGAAUUGGUGCCGGAGCAGCUUGUGUAAUAGUGCCAGUUUAUAUUGGUGAAAUAGCAGAGCCAUCAAUCCGAGGUGCACUAGGAUCAUUUUUUCCUCUUUUAUUUUCAACUGGAGUUGUUUUUGUCUACGUUGUUGGAGCAAUUAGUGAAUAUAUGACAUUCAACAUUGCUUGCUGCAUUACGCUAGUUCCAUUUUUAUUAAGUUACUUCCUGCCUGAAUCUCCACUAUGGCUGGUACAAAAAGGCCGAAUCUCACAAGCUGAAAAAUCACUUCGUGUUUUACGCGGAAAAAGUUAUGAAUUGAAAAAAGAAAUUUCAGUGCUUCAAGAAGAAGCUGAUCGAGUUGAAAGCCGAAAAGGAGGAAUAAGAGAUUUAAUUUGCACCAGAGCUGGUAGAAAAGCUCUUAGUACUUGCGUGGGACUUAUGUGGUUUCAACAAAUGUGUGGGAUUGAUGCAGUGCUCUUUUAUACUGUCAAGAUCUUCCAAGAUGCUGGUAGUACAGUAAAUCCAUUUUUAGCGACUAUCAUUAUUGGAAUAAUUGAAGUUGUUAUGGCAGUUGUUGUGGCAAUAGUUAUUGAUAAAUUUGGAAGAAAACCUCUUUUAAUUAUCUCUGGUGUAGCCAUGACUCUUUGUUUAAGUGUGUUGGGUUAUUAUUUUAAAAUGAAAACUGAUAAACAAGAUGUUUCUUCAAUUGGAUGGCUUCCACUGACUUGUUUGUCUCUUUUUAACGUUGUUUUUAGUGUUGGAUAUGGAUCAGUACCUUUUGCAGUAAUAAGUGAAUUAUUUCCUCCAGAAACCAAAGGUGUUGCAAGCAGUUUAUCAAUUAUGGUAAACUGGAGCUUAGUAUUUAUUGUAACAAAAUUUUUCCCUAGUAUGGUUAAAGCUACAGGACCAGCAAUAACAUUUUGGACUUUUGGCAGUAUGGCUUUAUUGUCUGCUAUAUUUGCUUAUGUAUUUGUGCCAGAAACUAAAGGAAAAACACUUCAAGAGAUUCAAACAAAGUUAGCUAGAGAAAAAGUUAAAGUUAAACAAAUAUUGACAAUAAAAUAAAAGUAUUAAAAUUUAAUAAAUUAAAUAAAAAAUAAUAAAAUGUGUAUA